AUGAAGUUGACCACCUAUGUCAACAAGUUCCAGCUGUAUGUCAACAGCGAGAACGGAAAGCAAGUGUCGCUUUUGCUAGCACUUGAUCAUAAUUAUGCCAAACAAUUCUUGAAUUCAGGCGUUCAGCUUCACCAAAUUGACAAUGCCUGUAAAUCUUCAUUGGAAGCUCCUUGGAACGAGGUUGCUUCCAAUCAUCUCAAGACACUCAUACACAUCGAUGCAGGAGACUACGAGGACGCAUUUGACACUCAAAAAGAACUCGUGCAGGCAUUUCAGAGAGGCAUGUCCAACAUGACUCGCUGGUGUUUACCUGCCUUGUACAUUAUCAACAACGAUUUACGUAUUGCUGCCUCGAAAGCAGAUGAUCAAGCCGAGACAGCAGUGGAGGGGCAGCGCAAGAAAUUGGAAGAAGCCGCCAAUGUGAUUAGUAAAUCAUUCACCUACUGUAUCACGGAUCGAGGUGUAUUGCAUUCUUCCAAAAAGUACGGUACUUAUUUUAUGAUCGGCAUCUUGUUUAGAAUCUAUUUCAAAUUGAAACAGCAAAACCUGUGCAAGAACAUCCUGAGAGCUCUCAAGGCUGCUGACAUGCCAUCUAUCGAUCAAUUCUCAAAGAGCGAUAGAGUGACAUUCAGAUACUAUCUUGGAAGGCUUUAUUUCUUGGAGGAGGAUUACGUGAAAGCAGAACAUGAAUUGGAUCUAGCCUUCAACGAAUGCACGAAUCGACACAUCAAAAACAAAGAGCUCAUUUUACAAACACUAUUACCUGUCAAACUGAUGCGUGGCAUUUUGCCAACCGCAAACUUGUUCAAAAAGUUCCCAAGAGCACGACAAAUCUACAGUCAAUUGGCAACCUCGAUAAAGAUGGGUGAUGUAAAGGCAUUUAACGUUGCAUUAACGAAUUCUGAGUCCAUGUUGAUUAGACAAGGCACUUACUUUGCAAUUGAGAAGGCGGAAAGUAUCGCUAUUAGACAACUAUUCAGAAAAGUUUAUCUUGUUUCAGGUUGCAAUACCAGAAUUCCUAUUCAAACCUUUCAAAAGGCUCUUGAAUUUGAAGGCAUAAACGUUGAGAUUGAGGAGGCCGAAUGGAUGUUGGCAAAUAUGAUCUACAAGGGCUACAUGAAGGGUUAUUUAUCACAUGAAAAGAUGUUCUUGGUGCUCAGUAAAGAUAACCCAUUUCCUCCUGUUGCUCAGGUUGCUCAAGCGUAA